CACACCUCUGAGUUAAGGAGGGAGAAGGUUAAAGUCAUAAAGUAAUCAUUGAAUCAAUUAGCUCGGUAUUGGCCGAUGAGAUAAAAUACUCGACGGUGGGUUCUCCGAUGUUCCGGUUUCAGAACUCCCACCUGCGUUCUUCUUUCUCGCCUACCAGACCCGGGAUGGAUUUGGACAGUGUUGACCUCAGUUUCCGCGAGGAGCUACAGUGUCCGAUCUGCUUGGAGCUCUUCGUGGACCCCGUUGUUCUGGGCUGCGGCCACAAUUUCUGCCGGUCCUGCGUUGAGGGGUACUGGCACCAUCAGGCUCCGGACCCCUGCUGCCCCGAAUGCCGCGAGCCGGCGGGCGCGUCCACCCUGCGGCCCAACGGGGCGGUGAGGCAGCUGAGCGAGGCGUCCCGGGCUCUGGCUGACCUCUACUGUGAGCCCCAUAGCCUCCGGUUCAAACUGUUUUGUGACACCGACCUCCGCCUCGUCUGCCUCGGCUGCCGAGACGGACCGGGGCACCGGGAACACCAGGCCAGCCCGGUCGGAGAGGCCGCCAGGUUCUACAGGGGUGAGCUGCAACUGCAGAUCUCUUCAGUAGAAGAUCGAUCAUGCGCCUUCAGAUACCUCCUGUGUAAUGAACAAGACAAAGUUUCUGACUUGAAGAGAAGCUCUGAGCAACUGUUGCUCCACAUCAGGGAACAGUUUGCACAGAUGCACUCCUUCCUGCAGGAAAGGGAGGAGAGCUUGUGUCGGGAGCUGGUGGUGGACAAGAACCACAUCCUGGAGCAGAUCCAGGGCAACCUACAGAAGAUCCAGGAAGGGCUGGAUUCCCUGAAUAGCCGGCAGGAGGAGUUAAGGACACAUCAGGCUCUGGAGAGCGACAUUGAGUUCCUGAAGACAGUGAGCAGCCUAAGGCUGGAUAACAUCCAGAUGCCCAGUGAGGUGCCAGCCGUGCUGCCCUUGGGAGUGUUCAAGGGACCCCUGCAGUAUAAGGUGUGGCGAGAGAUGAAGGACUUCAUUGGCCCAGUCCCUGCCUCUCUCACGCUGGACCUGAACUCUGCACACCACAAGCUCCUGGUCUCAGAGGACCUGACCCAGGUGCGCCUGACUGACACCAGACAGCAGCAUCUUCCGUCCGCUGACCGCUUCGAACCCUGCGUCAACAUCCUGGCAGCUCAGGGCUUCAGCUCUGGAAGGCACUACUGGGAGGUGGAGGUGGGCACCAAGACAGCCUGGGACCUGGGUCUGGCCCGAGAGUCUGUCCAGAGGAAGGGCCGCCUCACCCUGUCACCAGUGGAUGGCUACUGGACCAUUUGGCUACGAAAUGGCAAGGAGUAUAAGGCUCUCGACUGGUCCACAAUCCCUCUGCAUCUCUCCGUGAAGCCCAGGAGGGUGGGAAUCUACCUGGACUACGAAGAAGGCCAGGUGUCCUUCUAUAAUGCUGAUGACAUGUCCCACCUCUACACUUUCAGGGACACCUUCACGGAGAGGCUGUUCCCCUAUUUCAGCCCAUACUUGAACUGUGGGGACAAUUCCGAUGGCCUCAUUCUGUGCAGACUGAAGCUGUAGCACACACUUGCCCCAGUCCUCCCCUGCCUCCCUGCUGACCUGCCACUUCCUAGCACCCCCACUGCA